UAAUUAUGCUGAUACAUUUGUAACAGCAAUAAAUUACGGAUAAGAAGAUAUUGCUUAAGUAAUGAUUAUAAAAAUAAUAAUAGAAAUUUUGUUAAAAAAGACAUUAAGGAAGUUAGUAAACAGGGUAAAGCAUAUUAAGUUGAAAUUUAAUAUAUAGAUGUCUGUAAAGAUGAAUCACAUUUUGCAACAUCAUCAUUUGAUUUUAUUGUUGUUAUUAACUAUGGACAUUUGAAAUGGGUAAAUCUAAAAAAAGAGCAUUAAUUGAUGGGUCAUGAUAAAAAUUGCUAUUUAAAAAAUAGAUGAAAAAUUU